AUGGAUGCCAAAGACGAGGAGGGUGAUAUCAAACUCCAAAAGGAGUCCGCGGAGCUCCUCGCCGAAUUCGAGCGCUUCCUCCCAACCUUUCUCCAGAAGCCGGAUGGCCAUGGCGGGACUCGCCUCCGGACAAGAGUUCGGUCCUGGGACACGGACAGAUCAAUCUAUCGGCUCCUGGCUCCCUUUCAAGAGCUUCCACAGCUUCUUGACCCCCACUUAUCCAAGUUCAUCCCCACGCUCUCCGAGAUAUAUCGACAAUCGCUUGAUCGCCGGGGCCGCACCAGUGCCAUCGUGGUAAACUCGGCGCUUCUUGAACCCGUAUCUCGGGCGGUGGCGAAGCUGCUCUACUCCUUUUGUAAGAUUCGUGGUGAAAAGGUAAUCGUACGCUUCCUAAGCUCGGAAACCAAGUGCCUGGAACCUCUAUUAUGCGCCCUUGAGGAGGCGGAGCAACUACCAGUGGAUCGCCAAAACCCGAAUGACCUCCUCAAAUGGACCUGGCAGGAGAAAUACAUCACUCUCCUUUGGCUGGCUCACCUACUGUUUGCUCCUUUUGAUCUAGCCUCCAUAUCGUCAGUCGAUCUUGAUGAGAUUUCGGCCCCGGUCAUCCCCGGCCUCAACUGGCCGCCCAAUUUACCUGGCAUCACCCUGAGACUGCUCCCCUUGGCUUUCAAAUAUCUUUCUUCGCCUGGGAAGGAGCGGGAUGCCGCAAAGGCUCUAUUGGUACGGAUCUCCAUGCGGACGGACAUGCAAAGGCUAGGCUUGCUGGACGCCUUGGUCAACUGGGCUUUGUGGGUUCUGAGACCCAGCAUUGACCCCUGA